AUGUAUUUUCCUAUUGGAUGGCCUAAAAUUUUAAGGACUCCUGAACUUACUGAUGAGAACAUAAUUCAAGUAGUAUGUAAUCGCGAUAAGAUUCUUUUUGUUGUUUUGACAGAUGACACAAUUUCUGUAUGGUUCACUAAGCCAUGUGUUUUGAUUGUUCAUCAUCGUAGAGAUCAGGAAUCAUUGGAGAAACUUGGCAGUAAUACAAUAGUAGAAUGGAAGCCCGAUUCGACUAUGCUAGCAGUAGUGACUGUUGGAGGGCAUUUAAUUCUUUAUGAUGUCAGUUUUUCUGAAGAGCUCUCUAGAGGUGGAGUUUAUCAACAGAAUGAUCCCCCACAGAAAAUAACGGGGCCAUCUUUUCGAUAUCGUUGGGAUGGAACUCUUUGUGAUGGGGAAUGUGCCCUGGAUCUUAGUUGCAUUUCGUUUUAUUAUGGGGGUACACACUGUGGUAGUGCAUUACCUGCUCCAGAUAAUGCAUAUGUUAUUGAUAUGGAAUACUCACCCUUAAUUGGGGGUUUUGCUAUUGUGAUGAAUGAUGGCCGAGCUAUGCAUUGUUAA